AUGAGCCCCGCCCAAGUUCCCUGGGAAGCGCUGGAGGCAGUCCGCGUCCCCGGUGACCGAACCACCCGGGUCCCUGAGAAUCGAAUCCUGCCUUUCACACACUGUUUGGCCCCAGGCAAGCACUCUGGGGCCGAGGAUUUCAGCCGUGCGGUGGUGGACUUAGACCCUGAGUCACUCUGUGCCAUAGGGGGCCAAUCAGCAGCACCCAUACUGGCACAUUCUCCUGGCCUGGCUGCCUCCACAAACCUGAGGCCUGGGCUGACCACCCUCAUCUCUUACCUGGGCCCCAGGCAGCUGAUGCAGGCUGAAGGCACGGGCCAAACAGUGGGCGGGGGGCCAGGAACCUGGACGUGUUCCCAGGCACCCCCACCGACACUGCCCGAGGAAGAAUGUGGAGAGAGGCUGGUAGAGCUGCACGCCUCCUUCAGGGAGCUGGUCACCUUCUUCUGCACCAACUCCACUAUCCACGGCACCAUCCGCCUUGUCUGCUCCAGCCAGAACCGCCUCAAGACAGCCUCCUGGGGGCUACUGCUGGCAGGAGCCCUGGGCCUGCUCUACUGGCAGUUCGCGCUCCUCUUCGAGCAGUACUGGCGUUACCCGGUCAUCAUGACAGUGUCCGUGCACUCGGAGCGCAAGCUCUUCCCAUCAGUCACUCUGUGCGACAUGAACCCACACCGGCCACACUUAGCCCGCCACCAUCUGCGGGUUCUGGAUGACUUUGCCCGGGAGAACAUCUACUCCCUGUAUCAGUUCAACUUUAGCGACAGCAGGGACGCCCUGGGGGCCGAGGUCCCAGGUCCAGAGCCUGCCUUCCAGUUGGACCGUAGGAUCCGCCUGCAGAGGCUGAGACCCUUGGACGGCCAGAACAGAGUGGGCUUCAAACUGUGUAACAGCACUGGAGGGGACUGUGUUCAGCGGGCCUACUCCUCUGGCAUGGUAGCCGCCCAGGAGUGGUACCGCUUCCACUACAUAAACAUCUUGGCCCUGCUGCCCGCUGCCCAUGAGGACAGCCACGGCAGCCACUUUGUCUUCUCCUGCCGCUACGACGACCGGGACUGCCAUGCCCAGCACUUCCAGACAUCCCACCACCCCACCUAUGGCAGCUGCUACACCUUCAACAGUGUCUGGGCCACACAACGGCCGGGCGUCACCCACAGUGAGUGCCAGCCGGGACUAAGUGCGGGCGGGGUGUCCGGGCUGACCUGGUCUCACCCCUGGCCUCCCCCAGGGAUCAGCCUGGUCCUCAGGGUUGAGCAGAAGGACCACCUCCCUCUGCUGUCCACGAAGGCCGGCAUCAAGGUCAUGAUCCAUCCGCAAGACCACACUCCCUUCCUGGAGCAUCAGGGCUUCAGCAUCCGGCCAGGGACGGAGACCACCAUCGACAUUCGUGAGGAUGAGGUGCACCGGCUCGGGAGCCCCUAUGGGCAGUGCAUGGACAGCACAGGCAGCGUGGACGUGCAGCUACUAUACAACACCUCCUAUACCAGGCAGGCCUGCCUGGUCUCCUGCUUUCAGCAGCUGAUGGUGCAGACCUGCUCCUGCGGCUACUUCUUCUACCCUCUGCCGGCGGGGGCCGAGUACUGCAGCUACAUGCGGCACCCAGCCUGGGGUCACUGCUUCCACCACCUCUACCAGAAACUGAAGACCCACCAGCUUCCCUGCACCACCCGAUGCCCGCAGCCUUGCAGGGAGUCUUCGUACAAGCUCUCUGCCGGGACCUCCAGAUGGCCUUCCUCCACAUCAGCCGUGAGUCCCCAAAGCGGGGGGGCCCACACAGAGGGCCCCACCAGUAGGUCUGGGGCUCGGCCCCUCUCACCUGUGCCCUGCCCCAGGAUCAGCCUGGCCAAGGUGAACAUUUUCUAUCAGGAGCUCAACUACCGCAUGGUGAACGAGACACCUGUCUAUUCGGUGUCACAGCUGCUCUCAGCCAUGGGCAGCCUCUGGAGCCUGUGGCUCGGCUCCUCCGUCCUCUCAGUCGUGGAGGUGCUAGAGCUGCUGCUGGACGCCAUGGCUCUCACCCUGCUGCUGUGCUGCCGCUGGCUCCGCGGGUCUCAGGGCCAGCCCAGGGCGGCCACGAGGGUGCCCCCUCCAAGUCAGAGGCCAGCCAGUGGACCAGUGGCUGCAGGCACAACAUCGAAUGCCCCAGGACCUGGCUGCCUUCACCUCCCACGAUGCUGCCGGGAAUUUAGCAGGAGUCUUGGCUGA